AUGGAUAACUUCCUUCAACAACCAUUUGUGUUUCCUUCAUUCCAACAACAACAGGACAACUCACAACAACAGCAGCAAGGAGCUAACAAUGCUACAAACAACAAUAAUACUAGUUCUACUGGAGUGAGUGGAAGCAACAGUUCAACAUCGAACACGUCCACUUCAAACAAUAGCAACAACAACAACAACAGUAACAACAAUAACAGUAACAACAAUAGUGGCUUUGACACUUCUAGCAUUUCAUCGCCACCCUCUGCAUCAUUCUUCAAUGAUCCAUUGUUAAAGAGUGAAUCAUUGUCAAUGUCUCAGAUAUUCAACACUGGCUAUGGCUUCUCCCCAUACUCCAAUCCAUUGGACUCUCCCUCUGUCUACAACCAGCCAUCGCCAUCAAUCUCCCAACAGACAGUGGCCACCCCAUCAUCUCAGCCGUCCUCAAUGUUGGGUCAGCAUCUCCUAUCCCAGCAGCCUCAGCAGACGCAACAGACGCAGCAACAGCAACAACUACCAAUGCAACAACAGCAGCAACAACAACAACAACAGCAACAACAGCAACAACUACUUCAGCCAACUUAUCAUCAUGAGUAUGAUACGCUGUUCACUCAGGUCAGCAAUACGAAUGCAAACAUACCAGCUGGUACAACACCGACCGAUCUUGGCUUCAUCCACUCAUUGAUACAACAACAGCAGGAGCAGUUCAGGAAGAGACUUGGUCAGCAGGCUACGCUACUAAGCGAGGCUCAGAUCCAAUAUCUCUUCCUUCAGGAGCAACAAGCACUCUUGAAGCAGAUCCUCGAGGGUCCUCCACAACAGCCUUCACUCUCAAACAACUAUAACAUCAACAAUAACAACAAUAACAAUGUUGUUCCGGCUGCACCACUCAUCAAUAGUAUUGCUCCUGUUGUUGCCGCUACUGUUGCCGCCUCCGCUGCUCCAAAGAUGAUGACAACACCGCCGCCAUUGCAACAAAUGAUGACACAGCACUCACCUUUGGUUCAACAACUUGUGCCUCCACAUCCACUACAGUUGUUGCAACAACAACAGCCAAUUGUUAGUCUGCCACCAACACAGGUCCAAGUCAUGCCACAGCAACAACAACAAGUACAACCUCAGGUUGCCCCAAAGCCUGUUACUACUUCUUCUCCUCCUCAACAACAGCAACAACAGCAGCAACAACAACCAUUAAUCCAAACAUUCAACUCACCUUACUUCUUUGACACAACCCAACCGAUUCCAGAGUCACUCUCAAUGAACACUUCACCAAACAUGUAUCAAGCCCAACAACAGUUCACAACAUCCUCACCAAUACAACAGACGACAUCGCCACGCGUAGCCAAUCACCUCAUCCCAUCACCCCAACCUCAGCUGCCACUGCCACAGCCGUCUCAGUCCCAGACUCAGACUCAGCAGCAGGCACAACAACAGUCCACACUUCAAUCACAGAUCCAACAACAUCAGAACUCACUCUUCCAAUUCCAAGCCAAUCAGCCACAGAUGACUUCCAAGCCAUCGGCCCAGCAGCAGCAACAGGCAACGACAUCUCCUGCCACAGGGUCAGCUCAAAAGUCGGGCUGCCCCAAGUCCGCGAGCAUCCCAUCUACGCCCACAAGUAGUUUCUGUCCGAACAGCUAUAGCAACAACAACAACAUGUACAGCAGCAACAGGUUCGACGACGAUGACGAACGCAGGGGCGGCGGCAGGAACAACCAGAACACCGCCAGCAGGAACUACCGACAGAGGAAGAAGGACCACAUCUCUGAAGUGGAGCAAAAGGUCAAGCAGCUGGCGCUCGAGAAUGAUCGCCUGCGUCAAGAGAACAGUCUGUUGAAGAAGGGUGAUCUGACCGACCUGAUGCGUCCGGACGGUUCGUUCGAGGAGGUUGUGCGCGAGGUCAAGCUCUUGCUGGCGCAGCUGCAGAAGGCUGUGGACAGUAACGAUGAGAAGUCCGUCGAGUACCUACUCCAACUCUACUACUACUCCUCCCAACUGCGGUCAACUGUCAUUGAAAGAGAAGUUGAGAAGAUCGUGCAUCCCUACACACAGGCAAGACUGGCACUAAUGGGAUACAAGUCAUCGGCAGAGUCAUCGAUAUUGUGCGCCAAGCCAAUAUCAGCAAUAUGGUGGCCAAACUUUGUUAAUGAGGUGGAGAUGAAUGAUCAACAGAGGGUGGCUUCAGAGAUGUUAUGGAACGAUCAUGUAAAGAUACAUCAAGAGUUGACUGAUGAGCGCGAGAGAUUGGACCACGAGAUCAAAGAGUUGAUCCUAAAGAAGUUCUGUGUGAUGGAGGUUGACGAACGAUUCCCAAGAGCCUGCAUCCAACCAAACAUUGAUAUACCUCUUGUGAAUCCGCCCCAGCAACAACAACAGGACUCUUCAAACUCGACGCCAGAGUCGCCGAACCAACCUACAACACCUGGCAAGGCUCCUCAGUUUGAUGAGAACAGCUCGACCAACAUCUCAGAGUUGUUGGACUUGACGCGCAAGCUUGAUCAGCUCAAGAAGAACUUUGUCAAGCACAGGAACCUGAUCUGUGACACUGAUCUGGUGCUGUCGACCAUUCUCACGCCAAUCCAGCAUGCCAAGCUCGUACUACGUCUCAACAGUGUGACGUGCUAUGAUAUCCAGAUCGUCGAUGUGAUCACACGUAUCUGGGGCACGAUACACACGUCCAGCAGUGAUGGACAGAGCUCAUUCGUCCAACAUCUAAUGCCUGGCGAGAAUGGCAAUUCGUUGUUCAUGGAGUCCAUCAAGAGUCUACCGCAGAUCAAGUCGCACACCAGCCAUGACGCGCCACUCGAGACCCUGUUGACCACCUAUGAGAACUUGUAUCAUAAUAUUUACAGUUUGCACUUUGCUCCACCUCCUCCAACACAGCAACAGCAACAACAACAGCAACAGCAGCAACAGCAAGUGCCACAAUCACUAUCACCAAGUAACCAACAUAGACAACAAUCGUCAUCAUCGUCGCCUAUAUCCUUGUCACCGCCACAGAUUGACAUGGCAUACCAAGGCAAUCUAGACGCCGCUGCAACGACCUCCUCACACGUGGAUCCAAGACAGAAGAUAUUGGUGCCUCAACAGCAACAACAGCAUAACAACUACCAGUAG